AUGGCCGCAAUUGCCGUAGACCAAACCUCUAAAACCUCCGUUGGCAGCCUAGAUCCAGGAUCUCAAGUUCACAACGCGUCGCCUUCGCAGCUUCUUGAGGCUUUUGAAGUCCCAAGCCAACAGAAUACCGCCGACUUUGGGCUGCCGUGGUCGGCAAGCUUUCCUCUCGGACUCAAAGCAAGCAAGAACCUCAGUCUCUCUGAAAGCAUUGACGCCAUCAAGAACUUCGCCCAAUCUGGGAGUCUGAGCGGUCUGGUCAAAGAACAUGGGGGAGCAAUUCUUAUCCGUGGCCUUCCGAUAGAGACACCUCAUGACUAUAGCAAAGUCGCGCACGCAUUUGGCUUUCGUCCUCAUGUGGAGGUUGGACGUCCGCCACUUCGGACCAUCCUGGCUCCUAAUGUCAAGACAGCAAACGAGGGUCCACCAGAAUUGCCAAUAUGGCCCCACAGCGAAUAUGGUUGGUCAACGAUCAACCCAUCGUGGCUUACCUUCAGCGCACUCCAAAUUGCGGAGUCCGGCGGCGCAACGCCUAUCACCUCAGCUAUCUACAUUGCUCAUGAAUUGUCACGUCUCAAGCCUCAGUUUCUCUCGAAUCUUCUGAACAAGGGUGUGAAAUACGUAUAUCGCUACACCACCAAGCCACUUGUCUCCAACACCGGGACGAGCGUCCAUGGCGCUUACGGUCAGGAGUUAAGGGAUGAAGAUGACGAAGUCACGGCCCGGCGCAAGAUCGAGGCUGAAGUCCGACGCCACAGCAACCGAUUCGAGUGGCACGACGACGGUAGCUUGAGCGUGACGCACAUCGUCCCUGCCGUUCGCAUUCACGAUCCUACAGGGGCAACUGUAUUCUUCGGCAAUGUCACCUCUGCCUGGGGCCGUAGUCGUCAUCAUGGUGCGACGCGACCUCCCUUCCGCGGCGAUGACGGAUCGUACCAUCCUCCCCCGACAUACGGCGACGAUACGCCCAUUGAUGUUGAGGACUUGGACCUAUUGCUGAAACUCGCGGAAGAGGGUGCCGUAGAUGUCGAGUGGCAGAAGGGAGAUCUGGUGCUUCUUGACGUGAGUAUCUGCCCGCGUUCCCCACAGAACUACGCCGUGAUGCACUCCCGCAAGCCGUGGAAGGGGCAGCGCCAGGUCCUCGCUGCUCUGUGGGACGAUGACGGAAGGAUCAAGGAUUUUCCAGAAGGCUUGGAACUGCUGAAAGGUAGUCCUAGGGUCCCUCGGACGGAGUUCGAUGAGAACGAAGGACGUUGA